UUAGUUUCCUCUUCUUAACAUCCAAUUUUAUUAUUACAUUACUUAUUUUUCAUUGCGUUUAUUUUAGUUACGUGUAUUGAUGUAAAUGUAAUGUGAACAUAUCUAUGUAUGAGAUCGAAUUUCUUUUUUUUUUUAUGAUAAAGUUAUUUGGUUAUUAUUUUGGAUGGUGUUGUUUUUAUUAAGGAGAGACUUUGUGCGGGCACUAUGGUAUAUAUGGCUGUUUAGCUGUAAAGUAAUAUUAUUAAAAGCUGAAACUUGGGAGCAGACGAGCCCUAGAGCGAAUACUUUGUACGAUGACGCCGACGACAUACAAAAACAAUUAGAUAAUGAAGCCAGAGAUAGACUUAAGUAUGGACGGCCGAAAACAAUUUGGGUAUUUCACUUGCCUACGCAGUUUCCGGAUUUAAAUGCGAAAGACGUUUCAAGCGAUUAUAGGAAUUUUAACUCAUUAAGACAGUGGAGAAGGGAAAACGACGUGGAAAUCUUAUCUUACACUCCAAUUUCAGCUGUAUCUCUAAAAGACUGGGAUUAUGAAGGCCAAGAAAAAUGGGCAGUUCUGUACCCACAGUGUGGGGGGCAUUCACAGUCACCAGUAGAUGUGCCAGUCGACAGGCUGAUCACGACGAAGGGCGCCAGCCCAAUCCUGUUCUACAAUUACAACGCAGUACCAACCUCGCUCACAUUGGAAAACAACGGCAAGAGCGUAACACUUCGCGGAGAAUGGAAGAAUAAAUUAAGGCCAUUAGUUUAUGGCGGAGCUGCACACAGUCGACGUUACGUCUUCCACUCCCUGACGCUCCACUGGCCUUCUGAACAUACUGUAGGGGGCCUACAGUAUCCACUAGAGAGUCAAGUUUUGCAUAUAUCAGCUGAAUACAGAACUUUAGAAGAGGCACUCGAAGCAUACGCAAGAGAUCCUCAAGCUAUACUUGGUAUUGUAAAUUUGUAUAAGUUCGAUAAUAACACUCAAAAAGGAUUAAGUGUACUGCUCAAGACGGUAUCAAAAAUGACCAGUGUUAGGGAAUCAGUUGCCAGAAACCCUUUAAGCUACUUCAGUCCGCCAUUGAAAGAAUACGCGUACUACCAGGGCUCUUUGACAACACCACCUUGCACGGAAUCCGUCAUGUGGCUAAUUCGUGGACGGGCAUUAUCCGUAACUAGGGAUUACAUGGAAAUGGUACGUGGUUUACUGGAGGAGUUCAGUGAACCUGAAAAAACAUUUCAUCGACGAGUGCAGCCUCUCAAUGAUAGAAAGAUUUUUUUCUUUAAUUAAAAUUAUAACAGCUUAAAUAUUUGCAUCAUUGAUAUAUUUAUUAAUAUACACAUAAACACAAAUAUAUAAAUACAAAUUCAAUAUAAGAACCAAUGAAUCAAAUUAUGACAAAGCGUAAAUUGAACUAUUUUUUUGAGUAAUUUAUUUCAUCAAAUCAAAAAUAAUUUAUUCUAUAAAGUGGUAAAUAUAAAGAUGCUCAAUAUUAUCAUAAUAUUAAUUUUAUAUAUACA